AUAUUGGUAUAGAAUCGAAUGAUAGAAUCCAUUAUAAGCCAUUGCUAGAUUGUUUUUGAAUAUAUUAUAUUAUAAAGGAAACAAAUAGAAGAUGUGUGACAACAAUGAUACCGCACAUAAUACAAAUAUUAACCAAGAAGAUUCUGGUACAGAUGGUGAAAGUAAAACAGAAAAACAAAAAAUUGAUAUACUUUUAAAGCCAACAGGUAAUGCUCCAAUUAUGAAAAAGAAAAAGUGGUCAGUUGAAUCUAACAAACCAAUUGGAUGGAUUAUUGAUUUUAUGAAAAAAUACCUGAAAUUGGAACCUCAAGAAAGACUGUUCUUAUAUGUUAAUCAAACAUUUGCACCAUCUCCUGACCAGAUUGUCAAGAAUCUCUACGAUUGCUAUAGCACUGAAGGAACACUAGUAUUGCAUUAUUGUAAAACACAGGCAUGGGGUUAAAAAAUAUUUAUUAUUCUGAAUAAUCAUGUGUUCCUUAUUUAAUUUUUAUUAAACUUCUAAAUCUGGAAUUAAACCAUUAA